CCGGAGUCUCCGUGUUUCGCCGCCUGCUAGCCGGCGCCGCGCUUCCUCGCCUUCCCUUUGCCCCUGCCCUAGUCGGUGUGAUCGGUAGCUUUUGGCUGGCGGCCCGCGGGCGGGCCGCCCUGCCCACUUACCGCUCACCCCCCUCUUAAGCCGGCGGCGGGAAGAUGAGGUUUCGGGAGCCUCUCCUGGGCGGCAGCGCAGCGAUGCCGGGCGCGUCCCUGCAACGGGCCUGCCGCCUGCUCGUGGCCGUCUGCGCGCUGCACCUCGGCGUCACCCUCGUCUACUACCUGUCCGGCCGUGACCUGAGUCGCCUGCCCCGGCUGAUCGGAGUCCCCUCACCGCUGCAGGGGGGCUCGAACGGCGCCGCCACCCUCGGGCAGCCCUCCGGGGAACUCCGGCCCGGAGGGGCCUCGCCACCGCUGCCUUUAGACGCUUCCUCCGAGCCGCGCCCCAGUCGCAGCCCCAGCCCCAGCGCCGGCGCCGGCGCCGCGAGCAACUUAACUACGGCCCCAGUGCCCCUCACCACAGCACUGUCGCUGCCCGCCUGCCCUGAGGAGUCCCCUCUGCUCGUCGGCCCCAUGGUGAUCGAGUUUAACGUGGCUGUGGACCUGGACCGUGUGGCAAAGAAGAACCCAGAGGUGAAGGUGGGCGGCCGCUAUGCCCCCAAGAACUGUGUCUCUCCUCACAAGGUGGCCAUCAUUAUUCCGUUCCGCAACCGGCAGGAGCACCUCAAGUACUGGCUAUAUUACUUGCACCCAAUCCUGCAGCGCCAGCAGUUGGACUAUGGUGUCUAUGUUAUCAACCAGGAUGGAGACUCCAUGUUCAAUCGUGCUAAACUCCUCAACAUUGGCUUUCAAGAGGCCUUGAAAGAUUAUGACUACAACUGCUUUGUGUUUAGCGACGUGGACCUCAUUCCAAUGGAUGACCAUAACACCUACAGGUGUUUUUCACAGCCACGGCACAUUUCUGUAGCCAUGGAUAAGUUUGGAUUUAGCCUACCUUAUGUUCAGUAUUUUGGAGGUGUCUCUGCUUUAAGUAAACAACAGUUUCUCACCAUCAAUGGAUUUCCUAAUAAUUACUGGGGCUGGGGAGGUGAAGAUGACGACAUUUUUAACAGAUUAGUUUUUAAAGGCAUGUCUAUAUCUCGCCCAAAUGCUGCGGUCGGGAAGUGUCGGAUGAUCCGCCACUCAAGAGACAAAAAAAAUGAACCCAAUCCUCAGAGGUUUGACCGAAUUGCACACACGAAGGAGACAAUGCGCUUGGAUGGUUUGAACACACUCACCUACAAGGUGUUGGACACACAGAGAUACCCAUUGUAUACCAAAAUCACAGUGGAUGUCGGGAAGCCGAGCUAGCAUUUUGAUACACUAAUAAGAGACUGAAAAUGGCCAGGGACCUCUGCUGUGUCCCUGCCAAUCCUCUGGGCUGGUCCCACUCUCAUUUUUACCAAUCAGAGUGAUAGGCCCCCCUCAUCAUUCAGAUGCCUUUCCAGAUGACCAGGACGAGUGGGAUAUUUUGCCCCCAAGUUGGCUUGGCAUGUGACUUCUUAGCUGUACACGGUGUUUGUAACUGUAGCAACUGUCAGCAUUUGGGGGGCUUCUCAUCAUGCUCACAGUGUCACCCCAAAGAGUCAGAACUGUAUACACAGCCAAAAAUUUGGCGCCUGGGAUUCAUUCCCAGCUAUAAAACUGUUAAAUUAUUAUGAAAUACGUAAGAAUUUUGCUUUAAAUUGUGGUUUGUAGUGUUCUCGUUACAUCAUGAAAGAUUGGAGCGUGCUGCUGAAAUUGGACUGGCGGAUAUUUUUUUGGUUGUCGUAUUUUAGCAACAAACACAACAUUUCAGCCAUUCUCUUUUUAUCGUCCUCCCCCCACACACCUUCUUUCAGUGGUAUGCAACUAUUACAAUCACUGUGUGUGUCUUUUCUUAGCAAAAGAAUUUUAAAACUUGAGCCUUGGACCUUUUGUUCUGCUAAAGUGUGAAUUCCAAGGCAAGUUUAGCCAUCAGAGCAAAAGGCUUGGGUGUUCUCACAUUCAGUGGCCUAUUUCCAGAUUGUCUGAUUUCUGAAUGUAAAGUUGUUUUUUUUUUCUUUUCAUUAGCGGUUUGUAGUACUUUAAAGAAAGAACAAAUCAGGUUCUAAUUAUGAUCUAGCUUGAUUUUUUGUUGAUCCAAAUUUGCAUAGCUGUUUAAUGUUAGGUCAUCACUAUUUUUCUGACCAUGCUAUGUAAACUUGAAUUUCCUAUGUAUUUUUAUUAUGAUAUUUUAAAUGUGGGAGGGGAUUGAGCAUUUUUUAGGGAAAAAAAUAAUGUAUGCUGUUGUGGGCAUGAAUGGGCCUUCAAUUUAGCUGUCAGGGCAGGUUAUGUGAAGAGCUGCCUCUGGUCCCUUAAGGAGGGCAAAGCCUCCCUAUCAGCUCUAUCCUGUCAAACCUCUGGGGCAGGGACUCUGUGACCUGGGGCCCUCUGCCUGCUGGGCAGAGGGCCACCCCCCUCACCUCCGCUGGCAGGGCAGAGGGAAUCUCAACCUCCUUGGACUGACCCCUGGGCCUCCUCUCAGGGCCCAUGGCUGUGGAGUUGUAAAUAACAGCAAUCAGGUUUACCAGCCCUUAGUGCCUCCCGCGGGGGCAGGCUGAGGGGACCGUCAAGUUCUGGUACAUGUGGAGGCUGGGGGCCGCCUCCCUCAGAGGCUGCAGGCUCACCACCCACACUCCCUGGCCCACCCUGAAUUUCCUGUUCUCCUUCCUCCCCAUUCUCUUCCCCUGCCUUUCUCCUUCCUUCCUUUCCCUUUUCAUUACUUUGCCUCUUGCCUGUUCCCUAAAACUUACUUGUGGCACUCAGGGUUAAACAGACUAUUCAUUCUCCAGUGUGAAUGUGCCUUUUAAUUAGGGAUCUACGAAGAAGUUCAGCUGAACCCAUUCCCAACUUCCUCACAAGAACUCUGGUGCCUAAUGCCUCUCCUUGCCCCUCAAGUUUUUAGCAGGUGCUCUAGUGAGCAGCCUCACUCUAGUCAGGCUAACUCUUAGGGAUGCCUUCCCCAAAUCCACCUCUUCUGGGAGAUGAUGUUGAGUCGCCUGGGACAAGAUGGCAUGAGGCAGUUCCUACCACUGAGCACCCUCCCCAGGCCCAGCCUCACCUCAGAUCACCAAACUCAGCAGGCCUCAUCCUAGGUUUGGGGGGGACUCCCACCACUGCCCCUAGGCACCAGCCCUCAGUGUGAAGGCUGAGCUGGUGCCCGAUUCCAGUCUUACCUGUGCCUUUAUUGCUUUGAGCAUCUCAGAUGCUAACUUGGUUCUUGUUUCAGAAGGCUUGGUAUUAGUUAAAAAAUUAUUUUCCACUGCAGAAGCAGCUGGGUUAUGUGAAGAGUAUUUCUGUCAGUUCCCUGCUCCUUCAUAAUGAUGCUAUUAGAACUAGGAAUGAGUGCACUAAGAGGGAACUUGAGAAAAUACAAAGAACAAAGACCUUCUUUCUGUGCCCGGAUCCCAACUUUUCCAAAGUGCCUUAAAAGAGACAAAUGCCCUGGGUGGUAAUGUCUCUGUAACUUUACUCUUAAAACAAAAUUCUGACUUUUCCUUUUUCUUUCUUUUUUUUCUGGUACGUAUUCCUUCAUGUUCAGUGGGAAUAGUCAAGCAUGUGGUUCAUUCACCUGUUCCUCCCACCCCAUUUGCAGACCUUCAGGUGCUCUCCUGCCCGCCCCCCCCCCCCCCCCAGGCCCACAGCACACAUCUAUGAGAUGCAGGUCCUGUUUCCACCAGGCGAUUUCAGGGCUGUGGCGCAGGGACCAUUUCCUUUGCCUGGGAGUCGUAUCGUGAAGUUGCCUUGUGCUAUGCCUUUCUCUGCUCCUGUCUAGCCUGUUGCUGGUGACCCUGUUUUAAAGUGGCCUUUGGGACAGAUCAGAGGGCAGCUGUGGCACAGGAGGGUGAAGGAAGUGCUGGUGCUGGGUCUCAGCAAGGGCAGGGUCUGCUGACGUCCAAGUGGGGAGUGCAGUGCCCUCACAGCCAGACGACAGCAUUCACAGUUCACGUCCUCGAGACCUGUUUUGCUGUGUAUUUUGAUUUCCUGUGUAUGCAAAUGUGUGUGUAUACCAUUGUGAUGGAGGGAGGGUGUGUGUCUGACCUUGGUGUUAAAAACAGACAGAAACUGUAUUUUUGCCUUUAAAAUCCAGUAAUAUAACGUGAAUAAACGAUCCUAUCUUUGUAACCA